GCGACUUUCAAUAAAAAAAGUUGAUUGAACUUUACUACUUUGCAAGUAAUUCGCGUCUAGUCUUAUUAUAUGUCUACGGUUGAAUGGGUUGUUCCAUGAAACGGAUAAAAAUUGUUUUGGAUAACGAAAACGCGUUAGAGGUAAAAAAGUAAUCAGCUGUUUUUUUUUUCUAAAUCAAAUUAUAUUAACAGAAAGAGACGAUAUGAUCUUGAAAGGAAUUAAAGUCUUGGAAUUGGCCGGACUUGCUCCGGGACCUUUCUGUGGAAUGAUUUUAGCAGAUUUUGGAGCAUCAGUUAUAAGAGUCGACAAGAUUCGAGCUAAUUCUUUAGAUGUGUUGGGCCAUGGAAAAAGAUCGAUAGCAUUGAAUUUAAAGUCAGAAAAGGGCGUCGAUAUUUUUAGAAAACUAAGCGACCAAAGUGAUGUCGUUAUUGACACGUAUAGAAGAGGCGUCAUGGAGAAACUAAAACUUGGUCCAAAUGAACUCAUGGCAACAAAUAGGAAGUUAAUAUACGCUAGAUUAACUGGAUAUGGUCAAGAAGGACCUUUUGCAAACAUGGCCGGUCACGAUAUCAAUUAUUUGGGUUUAUCUGGAUUAUUAUCUUUGUUUGGCCGAUAUAAUGAAAAACCUGUACCACCUGUUAAUUUCGCUGCUGAUUUCGGUGGGGGUGGUUUGAUGUGCGCUCUUGGAAUCAUCUUGGCGCUAUAUGAACGAACAAAGAGUGGCACAGGACAAGUAGUGGAUGCGUCCAUGGUAGAGGGAACCGCAUACUUAGGAUCUUGGUUAUUCAGAUCUCAAAAAGUGCCUGGAUUAUGGGGAAAUUCUCGUGGUAGAAACAUAUUAGAUACAGGUUCACAUUUUUACGACACGUAUGAGACGAAGGAUAAUCUUUACAUGUGCGUUGGAGCCCUUGAACCGCAAUUCUACAACGUAUUCCUGGAAAAGCUCGGUCUUACGAGUGACGAGAUACCGCAGUUUGAAAAUUUUGAAGAAAAUCGUAGCAAAAUUGCUGAGAUUUUCAAGAGAAAGACUCAAGCGGAGUGGUGUGCCAUAUUCGAUGGUACUGACGCGUGCGUGACACCAAUGCUAAGUCUAGAAAACGUAGCGAGGCAUAGUCACAAUAACCACAGACAAACGUUCACGGCUAUGGAAAAUGAUGUCAUACCAAAUCCCGCUCCUCGUCUGUCUCGUACACCCGCUGUCUCUGUGGGCACUUGCAAAAAUCCAUCGCCUGGCGAAAACACCAUAGAAAUCUUAACUGAAUUAAAACUUCAAUCUAAGGAAAUACAUGAUUUGUUAUCAAACGGAGUUGCUUAUGAUCAAACAUAUCAAACCACUUCUAAGCUUUAACGUACAUAUGUACGUUGCUACUAGUUUUACAAGACCGUUAUAUAUCAAGAUAAUUUUAUAAUUAUGUCAAUUAUUUUAUAUUAUUUUAUAGGGAAGAGGUAAUAAAACAAAAUAUACAUAUCAUGAAAACUGUUAC